AUGGUGAUUUGCACUGGAAGUGCAUGUCGCGGUGUGCCCUACUGUAUAACCAAUUUCUGCCCUUACGGAUCACCGAUAAUUGAUCAAACCAAUUUUCAAGCCAUUCAGUGUAGCAGUGACACAGAUUGUAAUUUACUGGGCUUGCAAUCAUUUUGUUAUAUUUUUGGUGAUUCAAGUGGUUACUGCUGUUGGCACUCUGAAAAAGGAUCUUUUCCUGUAAUUACGUCAAAAAUAGGCGCAUGUCCGCAGAUAAGCGUCAACUCAUCAAGCUGUCAUGACAAUAAAACCAAUGACUGCACAAAUGACAAUGAUUGUAAUACUGUGCGGAAGUAUGAAAAAGACGAAUAUGGCUGUGAUUCAUGUCGUUGUCAUAAUCCUUGCAACAAUAUUAUAUGCCCAUCAACUCAUGUUUGUCGCUUAAUAGAUGUGAAGUGCUUGAAAAGAAAUUGUGAACCAAUCCCAAAGUGUAUAUUAAAUGUUUGUCCAGAAGGUGAGCCGCUAACAUUACCUAGUGGACAGCGACUUAUACUUUGUCACAUAGAUGAUAAUCAUUUAUGUCCCGUGGCAAUUUCACAAGCAGUAUGCCCGACAGUCUUUGAAAAUGAGCUAACAGAUUACAAAUCCUGUUCAAUACAGUGUCGUACACAUAAUGAUUGUUCAUUUGGAAAGUGUUGCUUUAACGGCUGUGGAACAUCCUGCUUCUCUUCAGCUGAAAAAGAAGUCAAUAAAGACACGCCUUGUAUCCAUAAAUUGGCAUACUAUAAUGGAGAAGAUAAAAAAUUAUCAAUAUAUGGUCCUAGAAUUGAAUGCAAUGAAGAUGGGUCAUUUAAAAGUGUGCAGUGUGAUCAGCAAAUAAGGUAUUGUUGGUGUGUAAAUACGAAGAGUGGAGAAGAACUGCUUGGUUCAAGAGUCAUGGCUGCUGUCGCCGAGCCGAACUGUGAAGCCCCGAAUGCUUGCUCAACGAAAUGUGAUGGAAUUAGUUGCAGUUAUGGUUUUCGUUUGGAUGUCAGUGGAUGCCCUUUAGAUGGUUUAUGUGAAUGCAAAAAUCCAUGCGAAGAUAUAAAGUGCGCUCGGAAGAAAGAUGUUUGCGUUCUUAUGCCAGUUGCCUGCAUAACUUCACCGUGUCCACUAAUGCCUUUGUGCAAAUCAAGUCCUUGUUCAAAGCACUCAAAACCCCUUCGAGAUAAAAAUAAUAAUGUGUUGUCAUGUGUACGAAAUCAUGACUGUGACAAAGGUUCAUGUAAGUUAUUGCCAAAUGAACGAACACAUGGAAUAUGUUGUUUCUCAGACUGUAGUGUGGAAUGUUCAAGUAAUUCAGCAUGUGAUGGAAUGAAACUGUGUUGUGAUUACGGUUGUGCCAAAAUUUGUGUGCAUCCAGAAAAUACAAAUUGUAUUCAACUGUAUAGUGUUAUAAGAAAACUUACUGCAUCCGGCGCUAUUGUUAACCUACACACGCCUGAAUGUGAUGAAAAUACUGGUCUGUUCAAAACACUGCAGUGUGAUGAAUCUAACAAUUGUUGGUGUGUCGAUUCAGUAACUGGUGUUGUUGCUUAUGGUUCAACAAUGAAAUUGCUUGAGUCAUUCACCAAUAUAUAUGAUAUUUGUUCUAGUGAACCGAAUCCAUGUGAUGGCCCUCAAAAGCCGGCAUUAGAUGAGAAAACAUAUAUUCAUUGGCCUUGUAACAAAGACCAUUCUAAAACUUGCCCUCGCGGAUAUUAUUGCACAGGUUACGAUGAAACAUCAUGGGGAGAACGACGGGAUGGCAAAGACUUUACUAGUUGUCCUUAUGGUAUCGAUAUGGAUUUAUAUGAUUCCUUCACUGAUAUGGGCAAAGUUAUGGACACUUAUCAAUUGGGAUUUUCUCUCACUGGACCACUACUUCGUGAAAGACAUCAGCACGAUAUAAAUAAAGAGUUUCACAUGUAUCUAACCAAAAAAUUCAAUAUUGAUUAUGGCGAAGUCAGCGAUAUUAUCAUCGACGAUAACAAUACAGUGCAGUUCUUCUUGACUGGCGAGGACGCUAAACUGAAAGCAAAUAAUAUUUCAGAUUCGUGCCUUUUAUGUGAUAGAAAAGAAAUCAGACGUUCAGUAUCAACGCGUCAUUAUCUGUCGCGCAUCGGUCACGGAGCACAAACACCAAUAGAAAGUAAUCAAAACAGUGGGACUUUUUUGGAACAAUUUGAGCAUGAGGUAGCAUCAGGCAGCGAUGAACAUUGUGGCUCUAAAAUGCAUCAUGUAAGCAACUGUUCAAAGUUAUGUGCAAUUCCGCAAACACCUGGUGGACGUCGACGAAGUCGAACUACUGUAUAUUAUUAA